UAGCUCUUUGGACAAUGGUACUACUUUUUCUAUGUCCUAUACAAACUGUGUUAGGAUGACAAUUGGUGCGGAUACUCUUACAGCGUGUUGUGAAGUUCAAAAAUAAGUGUUAUGUGUAGAUUUGUUCGCAUAACGUUACCUAGACAACAAAUGUAGUCACUCACUCAUUACCUGAAAGACAUUGCAUUAGAUAACGUCAUCAACGGUAACAGGAGUAAAGUGAUGGAUAAUCGCUUGAUCAAUUUCCUAUUAGCCUUCAUAUUUUCAUGUAUUGGUGUAGGUGAUGGUACAAUCCAGUCUGGGUAUUGGAGGAAGGAAGGGAAUCAUCACUGGCACAACACAACUGGUGAGGUCGUGUACUCAACCACAGCCCGGGGACUGUCCGACUGUGUGUCUAUCUGCCAGGAUAGCACAGCAUGUCUUAUGUGUGGCCACAGCAUUGAAACUGGCACCUGUCAUGGAUUCAGUUACCUAGAAACCAACCUGGUAUCUAUUCUCGAGGAGUCGGAGGUCAUCUAUCAGCAUACAGAAAGUUGUGUUCGGGCAGGUUAUGUACUAUUGGGCGACGGACCUCUAUGUGUGAAGAAACACGACGAUGCCUUAACAUGGAACGACGCAAAGACGCAGUGUGAACAAUAUCAUGGCCGACUUGUCGUUAUUGACAACGCUCAAAAGUUGGAGGCAUUUGUCAAUUAUUUAGAGAAUAUAACCUCUGCAGUAUUAUGGAUAGGUGUCAACGACAAGGACAGCGAGGGAUCAUGGGUAUGGCUUAAUGGGGCCAGCCUUAUCACUGCCUACUUGCCAUACUAUCAACUCAACAACUACAGUGCCGGGUAUCCGGGGAAAAAGAAUAACGCCGACUGCGCCUGGAUGUCUAAAAGUGGGGGGCUUGUUGAUGAUAAUUGUCUCCUGAAAAAUUCAUAUAUGUGUGAGAGAGCAGACCUUGUUUAGUGUUAUACGUUUAAAUCAUACGGAACAGGCCAUUCAGGGAUUCAAUCUUAUUUCCUGGAGCCUUCGAGCAAUAGUCCAAGAUAACGGACUAUUUCCUUUUGAUAUUUUGAUUGGGCGGAGAUAGUCAGAACUACCUCAUCAUGGUCUCUGUGAAAACAAUUGUACAAGAUGUUCGGUUCGAAGUUCAAUUGAUAUUUCCUGGUAUACCGGAGAAUAUCCGCAAUACUUUCUGCACACAGAUAGAAAGAUGAUGUAUUAGCUCUGUCUGCAAUACUUUCUGCACACAGAUAGAAAGAUGAUGUAUUAGCUCUGUCUGCAAUACUUUCUGCACACAGAUAGAAAGAUGAUGUAUUAGCUCUGUCUGCAAUACUUUCUGCACACAGAUAGAAAGAUGAUGUAUUAGCUCUGUCUGCAAUACUUUCUGCACACAGAUAGAAAGAUGAUGUAUUAGCUCUGUCUGCAAUACUUUCUGCACACAGAUAGAAAGAUGAUGUAUUAGCUCUGUCUGCAAUACUUUCUGCACACAGAUAGAAAGAUGAUGUAUUAGCUCUGUCUGCAAUACUUUCGGCACACAGAUAGAAAGAUGAUGUAUUAGCUCUGCCAGUUCAACAUUUCAAUCUUCUUUCAAGCUGUAGGAGUGAAUUGGCUAUGAGGACUUAAUAUUUGUUCAUAAACAAUGUGUGUUUUAGAUUUCACUUUAUUAUGUUACACACGAGGUGUGUUUUAGAUUUCACUAUAUUAUGUUACACACGAGGUAUGUUUAAGAUUUCACUAUAUUAUGUUACACACGAGGUGAGUUUAAGAUUUCACUAUAUUAUGUUACACACGAGGUAUGUUUUAAAUUUCACUAUAUUAUGUUACACACGAGGUAUGUUUUAAAUUUCACUAUAUUAUGUUACACACGAGGUAUGUUUAAGAUUUCACUAUAUUAUGUUACACACGAGGUAUGUUUUAGAUUUCAAUUUAUUAUGUUACACACGAGGUAUGUUCCGUCGGACCUCUGUGGCAUCGCCUUCAGUAACGAGACAAACCGAUUAACUUGCCGUAACUCGUGCCGAAAUAUAUCCUGUCCAGAAAAUAUUUCCUUAAAGGUUUUAAAUAGUCGUAGUUGAUAUUUGUAUCGGCUCAGCGGCAGAGAUAACACUUUUCAUCCGUGUAUAGUAAACAUUGUGUAUUUCUCCGAUAUACCAAAAAUUAGUAAGUGUAGUGCUUACCAAACUCGGUGUGCGUUUUCAUCACAGAGACCUUAUGGAGGACGUUCAGACUAUAUCCGUCCCAUCAAAAAUGUUUAUAAAUAAAAGGUGAUAGUUGUUUCGGACUAUCCGAUCAAUGACGAACAGUAUCACAUUGGGCGAAUUUGAUUCUGGUGUGCUGGUCGUGCCAGAAUUUGAUGUAGAUAUUUGCUACCAGUUGUGAGUCAGCCGUAGUUGAUAAUAUGGAUUGAAUAUUUCUUUUCAUGUUUAGUAUACACGUGAUAAUUUGAAUGGCAAUACAUACAUUUAACAUACAUCCAAGUUAUAUGAUAUGUCAUUUAGAAUCUCUUCUGAAGAGGUAUAUCCAUUAUGAUGUCAUACUCAUUAUAUAAUAAUAUAGCGUUUGAGCUGACAGCAGAGGGUUUCCUAGUCCUAUAUAGUCAAAUUAAAAUCUGUGUAGCCUUGUAUGUUGCAGCAUAAGAUUCUCGGGCAGAGUAACGGGUUGCUUAUAUGACAUGGGACAUAUAUAUGAAUUACAAAAGAAAUGUAAAGAUUGAUGCUGUGCCUGCUCUUCCCUCAUAAACAUAUAAGCACAUACUAUUUGAUAAAAGUCAGUAAACAAAUAUAUCAUAAGAUUGAGUUAUCAAAUUAUGAUGCGAUGUCGCACAUGCAUAUUGAAAUACAGAAACUCGGUUGGAUUAGAGGUUAGGGUUAUCGGCCUGAAUAAUCAUGUUAAUGUAAAAACUUGGGUUUAUGUGAGAUGAAGACAGAAAUUAAUUGAUAACUUUAACGCAUAGCGUUAUGCGAACAUCUACUUAAAAUAGCGUGAGGCUCUCACACAGAUGAAUGAAGGGGAUUGCAGUGCUAUCUGGGAGAGAUUACUACCAAUGACCGUCAUAUGUACCUUUGGACCGAGUAAGGGCCGACCCAACGACAUCUGCUUGUGAACGUUUCGACGGAGAUAUUGGAAACAUAACGACAUACGGUUGUACAGAUCUUUUCGAAUCAGUUCAACUAGAAGCUAUGCGUUUAAUUACUGGCCUCAGACGAGGUACAUCUCAUCACAUUCUGUAUACUGAAACACAACUUGAAACAUUACACACACGAAGACA